CAAUUCUCAAGUCUUCAGUUGGUCCACUGCCUCCUAAUUGUGAUCAAAAAGGGACUUUGCUUUUACUAUAAGUAAAAUGAGUACACAGGGCCCAACCUCGGAUAAGUGUAUGAUCACUGCAUUGAUGUGCCAGGAGAAGUUUGCUUGUGCUGGCAAUGCUGAAGCUGUGUUUGAAUGCGAUGAGUGCAAUACUCUGCAGUGCCAGCAGUGUGAAGGAGAGCUCCACAAACAAGAAAGACUUCAGAACCAUGAGAGGACCAGGAUUCCUCCUGGAUUUGUCCCUUCUUGUUCCAGUUGCAAAGGAGGAAAUGCAAGCUCCAUGAUGAGCAGCACGUCCGGCUCCAGGCAGCGGGCAUCUGUUAGGUGCCUUAACUGUAAGGUUGACCUCUGUGCUGAUUGCCAGAAACGUACCCACUCAGGGGGAAACAAAAGAAAGCAUCAGUUUACAGCAUACCCAAUGUUAAAGGGCCCUGAACCACAGCAUGGCCCAGAAAUGGAUAAGGAAUCUCUAAGGAAGAAGAUGACUGAGAAAGUUGACUGUUUCCUUCUGGUUGAUGAGACUGAAGAAAUUCAGGUAAAGGAUGAAGAGGAAUUCUUGGAGAAAUUGCACUGCAAGCCAGAUGACCUGUUGAAGGUCAUUUCAAUCUUUGGCAACACAGGAGACGGCAAAUCUCACACUUUGAAUCACACCUUCUUUUAUGGAAGGGAAGUAUUUAAGACUUCUCCUGCCCAGGAAUCCUGCACAAUAGGUGUAUGGGCAGCUCUGGACCCAGUCCAUAAAGUGGUUGUAAUCGACACAGAAGGUUUGCUUGGUGCCACAGUUAAUCUUAGUCAGAGGACACGUUUGCUGCUCAAAGUAUUGGCUAUUUCGGAUAUAGUUAUCUACAGAACUCAUGCAGAUCGAUUGCACAAUGACCUCUUCAAGUUUCUUGGUGACGCGUCUGAAGCUUACCUGAAACACUUUACCAAGGAGCUGAAGGCCACCACUGCAAGGUGUGGGUUAGAUGUUCCACUAUCAACGCUGGGUCCUGGGGUCAUCAUCUUCCAUGAGACAGUGCACACUAAGCUGUUGGGGUCAGAAAAAACCACUGAAAUUCCUGAGAAGGUGAUCCAGGACCGUUUCCGUAGGCUGGGAAGAUUCCCUGAGGCAUUCAGCUCUAUACAAUACAAAGGCACUCGCACCUACAACCCACCAACAGACUUCUCAGGGUUGCGCCAUGUCAUUGAACAACAACUGGAGAACAACACCACCCGCUCGCCCCGUCAUCCAGGUGUCGUCUAUAAAGCUCUGAAGGCCCUGAGCGACCGCUUUAGUGGCGAGAUCCCUGAUGACCAGAUGACACACAGCUGUUUUUUCCCAGAUGAAUACUUCACCUGCUCCUCUAUCUGCCUCAGCUGCGGAGCAGGUUGUAAAAGCAGCAUGAAUCACUUGAAGGAAGGACUUCAUCAUCACACCCAGAGCCGGUGCCGGUACUCACACCAGUAUGACAACAGAGUGUUUACUUGCAAGCCUUGCUAUGAAAGUGGCAAAGAGGUGAAUGUGGUACCCAAAACAUCUGCGUCCACUGACUCUCCCUGGUUGGGCCUUGCUAAGUAUGCCUGGUCUGGAUACGUGAUUGAGUGCCCUUCUUGUGGCGUGAUCUAUCGCAGCCGUCAGUACUGGUUUGGGAACCAAGAUCCAGUGGAUACUGUUGUGCGUACAGAGAUACAACACGUCUGGCCUGGAGCCGAUGGAUUCCUAAAAGACAACAACAAUGCAGCUCAACGCCUCCUGGAUGGAAUGAACUUCAUGGCACAGUCCGUUUCUGAGAUGAGUAUUGGACCCACCAAAGCAGUGACAUCCUGGCUGACUGAUCAGAUUGCCCCAGGCUACUGGAAGCCAAAUUCACAAAUACUGGAAUGUACCAAGUGCAAAGGUCCCUUUAAAGACAAUGACACUAAGCACCACUGUCGGGCCUGUGGGGAGGGUUUCUGCGACAUUUGCUCUUCCAAGAGUCGGCCAGUGCCUGAGCGAGGUUGGGGAAUCUCACCAGUACGUGUCUGUGACAGCUGCUAUGAUCAGAGAGGAACUCCAGUGGCUGUAGUAACAAAUGCCGCAGAAGAUGAUGAAGGCGGCACACUAAUUGCGAGGAGGGUUGGAGAGGCCGUACAAAACACUCUUGGAGCUGUGGUCAAAACCAUCGACUUCCCUCUAGGUCUGGUGAAAGAUGCUGCAAGGCCUACUUACUGGAUUCCAGACCAUGAAAUAAAACACUGCUACAGCUGCAGGAAAGAAUUCAGCGCCAAGCUCUCAAAACACCACUGCCGGGCAUGUGGCCAGGGUUUCUGUGACGAGUGUUCAAAUGAGAGACGGCCUGUACCCUCCCGGGGCUGGGACCAUCCUGUCCGUGUCUGCAUAAACUGCAAUAAAAAACCUGCUGACCUUUAA